UUCGGUUUUUUGAGGAACAUGUCUGGUGAUAAUCUAGUGACUGAUGACGACAGCGAACUUCGUGAUAUGGUGGCUAAUCUUCUCGAAAGAAAUGGCACUCUCGCUAAAAUCAGGGCCCAGUUGAGAGCAUCCGUAUUUCUGGCGUUGGACGAAAAGGAAGAUGCUCUGGUGAACCAGCCGCUGAUGAAUCAUCAGAUGAAGAACUUUUUAAACACUGACUAUGGCCGUCAGUGCGUUUCCCUGGUUUGGGAAUUUUUAGAGUUCUUCAACCUGGACUACACAUUAUCUGUGUUCAUGCGGGAGUCGUAUGCAUUAACCUCUAGCCCGGGGGAUAAUCCCGACUCGGACAAAGUGUACAACGGAAGAGAUCACUUGAAACGGAAACUUGGGAUCAAUCAAGCUCAGCUCUCCAUCAUCACUGCUGUCUCCAGCAAUGUGUAUGAACAUUGGGAAAACGAAGGCUUGCAUCAUGAUGAAGAGGCCGUGUUGCCAGAGAAGAGCACGGAGCAAAGCGCCAAUGUGCUCAGCUCCGAAAGUGACUGCUGCGCCAUUUCUGUCAAACUGAAACGUUUGUCUCCCUUCAAAUUCCAAAUGCCCUGUUGA